AAACCGACAUCGUUUGGUCAUAGAACCGAGCAGCUCAAUCAUCGCACAGGAUAAAUACCUGAAUGGACAAUCUCUCAAAAUCAAAAGCCCUAUCCCCUUCUCAAUUCAACCCAGAAAACUGAAAAUUACUUGUCAUGGAAGAUAGUUUCAGAGUCCGAGUCGAUAAAGCAUUCGGAUCCCUAGCCGCCUCCUCCUCCUCCUCCACGACGGCUGCAUCUUCCAACCUAACUUCUCUAUGGUGUCUCGCAGACGAUGAAAUCGAGCGAACCGAAUGGAACAGAGACAAGGACAACUCCGAACCCGAAACCUUAACGGAUUCAUUUCUGUUCAAGAAAGAGUUUUUCUCUGGCAAUCGGGAGAAUUCCGAUGUGGAUUUUAGGUUGGAGCUGGAGAAGGACCUGGAUGACCUCGAUGAUGACUUCGAUGAUGAGCAGUCAGGUGGCUCUUCGAGCCGAUCGGCGAAGCCGAAACCUGAUGAUUAUAAUGAUGAAGAGUGGGAGAUUAAGAACUCCAUUGGCUUGGACUGUACUCUUGAUUACGAGGAAGAGGAAGAUCAAUAUGACAAAGUAGCUGUUGGCAAAGAAAAGGCUGGUGACCGCUUGUAUAUGAAAGAAGUAACUGACUAUGGGAUAGAGGUAGAUUCUAACAAUGAGCUUCCCGAUUCGAUUAGGGACAUCCCUAGGGAUCCGCGUGCAAAUCUCAUUGCUGCUAAAAUUAGGCUCAAAGAAGAUGCAGAAGCAGCUAUUAAGAUGGAUUCUUUGCGGGUUUCUGAGCAAGAUUUACUGGCUAUUGCUGAUAAUCAAGUUAAGGUGUCUGAGGAUGGAAACUUGAAGUCCAUUCUAAAGAGAAGGGAUGAUGAUUCUGAUUCUAAGUCAAGAAAUAAUCAGCUGGAUUCAAAGUCACAAAAACGUGUACGGUUUGAUCCAGAAUGUAAAGAUGAUUUUGAUGAAGAGUCUGAUGGAAUCAGAGGCACACACAUGGAAACUGAUUCAGUAGAUGAGUCUUUGGUGUAUCCUUUGCCCUCUGAUUAUCCUUCUGGGAUUCCAGAUUAUAUGCGAAAUCCUUCAAAAUACACGCGCUACACUUUCGAUUCAUCAAGUGAUGUAGAUGAACAAUCUAACCGGCAAGCCUUUAUGGACUUUCUUAAGAUGCUGAAGAAGUCAAAUACUACAGAAUCACAGCCAGAUGAUGCUCCCUUUGAUCUUCCAAAAUCACUAACCUUCAUACCAAAGAGGAAAGCCCUUGAUACUGAAACAGUCAACAAUCACUCUGAGUCGAAACAAAACCAGGAUGAAGCCAGCAAGGAGUCUAUGCUUAGGAGGGGUUUACCAAUAUGCAUUGCAGCUAGCGAUACAGAAGAUGGCGAAACGUGUGCCAUGGAGGAAGAUGAACCUGAAACAGCAGCUGAGAGGAAAAACAGUUCGCAGAAAUCAGGCCGCAAGUAUCGGACAAAGGCCACCUUGGAAAUGGACGAAUCCAUUUGAGAAUUGUAUUAUCUUCAUUGAGAAACUAUGCUAACUUCUGUAUUAUAGAAACCGUGACUGUAUAAUUAUUCCUUUCUAUUUCUAACUCAAGUACUUUACUGUAACGUAAAGUAUUCUCAUUUA